AUGAUGUGCAGUCGAGGACAUUGGAGACCUGCAGAGGAUGAGAAGCUUCGUGAACUCGUCGAACAGUUUGGUCCUCAUAACUGGAACGCCAUAGCUCAGAAGCUCUCUGGUCGAUCUGGUAAGAGUUGUAGAUUGAGAUGGUUUAAUCAGUUGGAUCCUAGAAUUAACCGAAACCCUUUCACGGAGGAAGAAGAAGAAAGGCUUUUGGCGUCUCAUCGGAUCCAUGGAAACAGAUGGUCCGUGAUCGCUAGAUUUUUCCCGGGUCGAACCGAUAACGCCGUUAAAAACCAUUGGCACGUCAUCAUGGCUCGUCGUGGCCGAGAACGGUCCAAGCUACGUCCACGUGGCCUUGGCCAUGAUCAGGUCACGGCGGCUUCAACUACGACUGCGAUGAUGGGGUAUAACGACUGCGAGAAGAAGAGAAGAUUGGCAACCGCAACCGCAAUCAAUUUUCCUCAUCAGUUCUCUCAUAUUAAUCAUUUUCAACUCCUCAAAGAGUUCUUGACCGGAAAGGUCGGGUUUCGGAAUAGUAAUACUCCAUUCAAUGAAGAAGCAAUAGACCAAACCAAGAGACCGAUGGAGUUCUAUAAUUUUCUCCAAGUAAAUACGGAUUCGAAGAAACCCAAGGUGGUAGACCAUUCAAGAAAAGACGAAGAACAAGAAGAUGUCGAUCAAUGCAACCCCAAUCACAACGAGAAUUGUGUUCCCUUUUUUGACUUUCUGUCAGUUGGAAACUCUGCCUCUCAGGGUCUAUGUUAA